AUGGCCCUCACCUCGGACCUGAGAGUCUGUCAAGUAUGCAAGGAGGUGCAGCACAAGUAUAUCUGCCCGAAAUGUAAACUUCUUUAUUGUUCUCUUUCUUGCUACAAGAGCCACAACUCAGCUUGUUUGUCUGCGUUUCAUGAGGCGGAGUUUGCUGCUGCUGCUGCAGCAGCAAACCCCACGCUGCAUCAGCAGCGGGAGUUCAAGCAGAAGCUCACGCGUUUCUAUCACCAGCAGCAGCAGCAGCAGCAGCAGCAGCAGCAGCAGCAGGAAGAAACAGAAGAAGAAGAAGAAGAAGAAGAGCAGCAGCAGCAGCAGCAGCAGCUGCAGCAGCAGCAGCAAAAUGUUGAGGGUUUAGGGUUUGGAUCGAGCGACGAGGAGGAAGCAGCAACAGACGAGGAUACCCCGCUGCAGCAGCAGCAGCAGGAAGAAACAGAAGAAGAAGAAGAAGAAGAAGAGCAGCAGCAGCAGCAGCAGCAGCAGCAGCAGCAAAAUGUUGAGGGUUUAGGGUUUGGAUCGAGCGACGAAGAGGAAGCAGCAACAGACGAUGAUACCCCGCUGCAGCAGCAGCAGCAGCAGCAGCAGCAGCAGCAGCAGCAGAUAAGCAAGGAGCGGCUGCAGCAGCUGCAGCAGCUAGCAGCAGCAGGAACCCUAGAGCUGCAGCACCUCACAGCAGCAGAAGCUGCUGCUUUCUUUGCUGCAGUAAAAAGAGGAGAGCUCGCUCAGUAUCUACAACCCUGGAAACCCUGGUGGCUUUCGGUGGAGUUGCCUUCUAUCGAAACCCCCCCGCAUAUUUGCUGCCGCCCUAAACCACCAAACCCUCGGCUGCUGAUGACGCUGAUGCAGGUGGUGUUUGGUUACGCUCACUAUAUGAGGACUUUCAAUGGAGCAGUAGAAGAAGAAGAACUGCAAGAAGCAGCGGGCCACUUCUUAGCCAUUGCCCGCGGUUUGGAGUCACGGGAUCCUCCUCCCACCUCAGCCAUCGUUGCUGUCGAUCAGAUGCUUGAGUGGGCUGCCCAGGGUUUGGGGUUUGCAGCCUCCUCUGUUGAGUGGGCUGCCCAGCCUCCUCUUGGGUGCGUGGAUGCGGCGUUUUCGGUGGUUUGUCUUUCUGACGUUUCUCGUUUGCUGCUGACCCGCGACGCAGCAGCAGCAGCAGCAGCAGAUGCAGCAGCACUCAUGCAGCAAUUCAAAACCCUCAUGCAGCAGCAGCUGCAGCAGCAGCAGCAGCAGCAGCAGCAGCAGCAGCAGCAGCAGCAGCAGCAGCAGGAAGAAGAAGGGAUACAAACCCCUAAUGCUAAGCAACUGGCUAAAUUGGGUGCGCUAACAUAA